AUGCAGGUCCGCGAUAGUUUGUACCGCUCUCCAGCCAUAAGAAUAUACCAAGAGGACGCAGUGGAAGAAUGCGUGAAGGCAUGGAAUCUCUGCGCGGAUGAGGAUCAAGGAGUUUUGAAGGCACUCUCCUCGGGGUGCGAUGUAGUCGCGGGCGUAGUAGAAGGUGGUUUCACCUUGUGGAUGGGUACGCGUUUCCUGCUCAAUUUCCUCGUCGACAGGGCUGUCGACUUCGCCGGCAAGCGCGUUCUUGACCUCGGCUGUGGAGCCGGCGUUCUGGGUAUUCACGCUCUCCUUCAUUGUGCCGCAUCCGUAACCUUCCAGGACUUCAAUCAUUGCGUGGUAAAGGCCUGGACGGUUCCAAACGUGAGGCUACAGUUGACAGUUGAAGAACAGCGGGCUGACUUUUGGGCAGGCGAUUGGGAGGAUCUGGCGGAUGUUUGGCGCUCGCAGGGUAAGCAAUUCGACGUGAUCCUCACCGCGGAAACCAUCUACCGUAGGGACCUAUACUCAAAGCUCCUCACAGUGCUGGAGGCUGUCUCUGCGCCCGAGUGCUGUGUCUACCUGGUGAGCAAGCUUGCCUACCACGGUAACGACGGGAGCCUGGAGAGUUUCUGCGAUUUCAUCCACCGCACAUGGGACUGCAAUCAAUGGUAA